UUUCCAUAUCAGCCAUGCUGCCGACCAUGGGUAGGUUUGAACCCUUUGCGGACUUGUCCUUGUACCUCAAUCAUCGUUUGACUACUCUACCUCAGGUCCAACUCUCGUUGUCAUCUUCAACUCGACGGAUAUCACAGCGACAAAGUCUCGGUCUCUCGUGAUAAGACUUCUCUUGAUGAUCAUAACGUGAUUGUAUUCAAUUCUUGUGAAGAUCACCUUCUCCUCUACCUGAUAUUUCCCCUGGUAUAUUUCCCUCCUAGUCAUCACAGCAAUCCUGACCAUCAUGGCUCCCACUGCUGUCGAACAUCCCGUGCAACCUACUUCCAAUCCCGGUACUUCGACUAAACAAUCUACCUCCUCCGUUGAUCUUUUCGUCUUCCCCGAUGGCUUCAAAACUUCAGGUCAGCAUCCUCCUCUCUACGACCAAAUCUACCCGUACUCUGCCUUUCCCAAAUCCAUCUCUGGACCGACUGUCUGGGAGGCCGAUGAAUAUGCUUCUCAUCCGGAGCAAUGGACCCAUGUUUUCUCGCCAGAAGAGAUCCAAGAACUGUCGACAGCCGCCGACAACUUCAUCUCUGAGGGUCAUCCAUUGACGGGCAUCAACCCCUCCAAUUUUCCUCUCCCAACCAUGUCUGCCACUCUGAAAUCCAUUCGCAACGAACUAUUGAAUGGCAAGGGGUUCAUUCUCUACAAGGGUUUCCCCGUUGAUGAAUGGGGCAUCCACAAGUCCGGGGUCGCUUACUUUGGUCUCGGGACAUACAUUGGCUAUCCGGUUUCUCAGAACGGUAAAGGUCAUAUUCUGGGUCACGUCAAAGAUCUUGGUGAAGACAGCAAACAGAUUGACAAAGUUCGCAUCUACCGGACCAACGCACGACAAUUCUUUCACGCUGAUGACGGUGAUGUCGUCGGCCUACUGUGCCUAGCCCGCGCAGAGUCUGGAGGCGAAUCCGACGUGGCAUGCGUGCACAAGGUGUGGAACAUUUUACAGGCCGAAUACCCUGACGUGGCCGAGAUUCUCACCAAACCGAUCUGGUAUUUCGACCGCAAGGGCGAAGUCAGCAAAGGCGAAGAACCCUACAUUCGCACCAGCGUCAUCUAUCUCGAAACCCCAGACCCAUCCGACCCCACGGUGCCGCAACGUGUCUACUGCAAAUGGGACCCAUACUACGUCCGCAGCACCACACGAUUCUCCGACGCCGGCCUCAUCCCACCUCUGUCCAUUGAACAGGUCCACGCCCUCGAAACUCUGGAGAAUGUCUGCUCCCGCGUCAAACUCCACAUGAUUCUUUCGGUCGGUGACAUUCAAUUCGUCUCUAAUUCACACAUCUUGCACGCCAGAACCGCCUACCGCGACUUCGCCCCACACACCGGCAAACCCAGAAGACACCUCAUGAGAUUGUGGCUGAGUACGCCUCAGGACGAGGGUGGUUGGAGAUUGCCCUUCCAUGAUGCCUUUGAGAGGAAGAGAGGCGGUAUCCAGGUCGACGAUACUCCUCCGGUCGCAAGACUGGAUGCUGAUUAAAAAAUCCAGAGAGAUCAGAGAGGCCAAAGUUGGAGUUGCAAUGCAUUGACUUUGAAAAGUACAUAUGCAUGUACCUACAACGACAUAGGUAUGGUAUGCUAGCACUAUGGGGAGAGGCCGAGACAGGCGGUAGAUGCCUCAUGUUCUCCCAAGUUUAGUGAUAUAGAAUCUAUGUGUUCGUUUUA